UCCGCUGCCGUCCCUGGCAGCAGCGUCGGUGUGUGCGUCGCUGCGAAAAGGGAUUAGCUUAAGCUUGAAACAUCAUUGCUUUGACUAGCUCGCUUCUGCAGGAUGCCACACAAGAUCGGUUUCAUAGUUGUUAGUUCAUCGGGACACGAAGAUGGCUUCAGCGCAAAAGAGCUGAUGGUUCAUGCACCGACAGUGAACGGAUGGCGAUCACCCAGACUGUGUCAGUAUCCACAGGAAAUUGUCCUGCAGUUGGUGGAGAGGUGUCGAAUACGAAAACUGCAGUUGCUUGCUCACCAGUACAUGAUUUCAAGCAAAAUUGAGUUCUACAUCAGUGAAAGCUUGCCUGAAUACUUUGCUCCUUAUCAGUCAGAGAGGUUUCACAGACUAGGUUAUGUCCCUCUCUCGGACAAUGAGAAGACUGAUUUCAAAGCACGAGAGUUAAAAUCUGUGUAUAUGGAUGCAGUUGGCCAGUACCUGAAGCUGAUUUUCCAUAAAAAUUAUGUCAAUAAAUACAACUUAUACGGCCAGGUUGCCCUAGUAGCUAUAAACAUUAUUGGAGAUCCAGCAGACUACAGUAAUGACAGCAAUAAUGCUCUGUCCAGAGAGAAGCUGAUAGAUCACUACUUAGGAAUUAAAUCAGAUGAUCCUGCCUUAGAUGGAACUUACCUUGGGAAACCUGACUCCAUUUCGCCUCUGGAUGAUUUGGCUUUUGACAUGUACCAGGAUCCAGAAGUUGCUCAGAUAAUACGUAGACUGGAUGAGAAGAAGCGCGAAGCUGUCCAUCACGAACGCUAUGAUUAUGCCAAGAAACUCAAACAAGCUAUCGCAGACUUGCAAAAGGUAGGGGAACGACUUGGACGGUAUGAGGUAGAGAAGCGCUAUGCUGUAGAGAAAGAGGAUUAUGAUCUUGCUAAGAAGAAGAAACAGCAAAUGGAAGCGUACCGCCUGAAGGUGUACCAGCAACUGGAGCUCCACGACCUUCUGGAUGCAGAGCUGAUGGUUCGAAAACCGACUGAAGUGCCUUUGGAGUCUAUGAUUUAUACUGACAAUCCUCAGCGCACAAAAGCUACAAACUCACCUCCUUGUGAGCACACAGAACCGCAAAAAGGAGAGCCGUGGAGAGCAGAGCCUUUGCUGGAAAAGAAGUCAGCAGAUCCCACUUCUGCUGAGCCCGUUGUUCCCCAUCAGUCCCCUCCUCCUGAGACUCAUCCCGUGACCUCCGGGGAAGUGUUUCCCAAAGAAAAUGUUGAAUUUUUACCUUAUGAUGAGAGACCUCUUCCAGCUAUCUGUAAACAGUCUGAUGAAGCAAUUGCGUACCUUGAGCCAGAGAUGACUGAAGAGGAUAUCAAUGAUGCUCCAAGAAGUGGCAUUACUGGGGAACCAGAACCAUUAACGGAGAAGGCACUGAGGGAGGCCAGCCCUGCUAUUGAAGUUUUUGGAGAAGCUUUGGUUUCAGGAGCAUAUUCCAAAACUUGGUCAUAUCGAGAAGAUGCGUUACUGGCUGUAUAUAAGAAGCUGAUGGAAAUGUCAGUAAACACUCCGAAGGAUGAGUUAAAGAACAUGCUGAGGGCUGCCAUUUUCCUUGUAAGGAGAGCCAUCAAAGACAUAGUGUCUUCAGUUUUUCAAGCUUCCCUGAAACUUUUAAAAAUGAUCAUUACCCAAUAUAUACCAAAACAUAAACUAGGAAAACUAGAAACUUCUCAUUGUGUGGAAAAAACGCUUCCAAAUUUGCUUUCUAGAACAGGAGACUCUUCAUCCCGUCUUCGCCUUGUGGCUUCUAACUUUAUUCGGGAAAUGGCACUGUGUAGUGAAGUUAAACCUCUUCAGAUUGUUCCAGUUCAUUUGGUUCAACCAUUAAAACCAAACUCCCCAAUGCAUCUGGCAAUGAGUCAAGUGGAAUUAGUGGAAUGCCUCUUGAAAGACAUGGGAACUGAAAACUCUGGGUUUACCAUCGGCAACGUCAUGAAGUUUGCAACGGGAGCUUUAGAACACAGAGUUUAUGAAGUUCGUGAUGUAGCAUUGCGGAUUAUCUUUGAUAUGUACAGGAAGCACAAGGCUGCUAUACUGGAAUAUCUUCCUCCAGAUGAUGCAAGCAUUCGCAAGACUGUUCUCUAUAAAACACUCUUUGAUGGAUUUACUAAAAUAGAUGGUAAACUUUCUGAAGCUGAAAUCAGGGCACAGAGAAAGGCAGCAACAGAAGAAGCAGAGAAACAGAAGAGGGAAGAAAUAAAAGUUCUGCAAGGUCAGCUGGCAGCUCUAAAGGAGAUACAAGCAGAAGUUCAAGCUGGAAAGGAGAAAGAAUCUGAUUCUCAGAAGCCAAAGAAUCAAGGUUACCAGGUAAACGAAAGCCCACAGCCUGCAGCAGCAGAGAUUCCAGAUGAUCAUUCCUCUGUUGCAAAUUACUUGGACAACUUAUGUAUUUUUUGUGGUGAAAGGGACGAGUCCUUCACAGAGGAAGGAUUGGAUCUCCAUUACUGGAAACACUGCCCUAUGUUAACCAGAUGUGAGCACUGCAAACAGGUGGUGGAAAUAGCAAGCCUGACAGAGCACUUGUUGACUGAUUGUGAUAAAAAGGACAGCUUUGGGAAAUGUCAACGAUGCAGUGAGGCGCUUCCAAAAGAUGAGUUGCCCAAACAUAUUAAGAGCAAGACUUGCAAUUCCGCCAAACCAGAAAACGUGGCAAACCAUUGCCCGUUGUGCCAUGACAACUUUUCCCCAGGAGAGGAGGCCUGGAAAUCUCACCUAAUGGGCAAAGACGGCUGUAAAAUGAAUCAACGGAGGUUAUCCACAAUAAAUAAAACUCUUCUGGUGCAGCCUGGCAAAACAGGUGGCCACUAUUUAAGGAAACCAGGUCCUUCAGGAGCAAAAGCUCGACCUCCCUCUAUAGGAAGCAAGAUCCCGACCCCAAGAGGGGGCCCAAAUAAAAGCACUGGCAAAACAUACUCAAAGCGAUGACAGGACAAGUAUUCUUUCCUUUGUCUUAAUAACUGGGCAUAUAGUUGUUAACAGUUAUUUAAAAAUUGUGGGCAACUCAUACCAUCUUUUUCGUUUGACUACGUGGGGCUGUUUAUCAGCCUUGAGCAGUACUUGCCUAGUCUGGUAACUUUUGUGUUGGCUGUCUGUGCAGCACUGUGGUUUUCUCCUAGAAAUGCUCAUGUUAGAAAUACCCAAGUGUUCUGGGACAGAUCUAGCCUGCCACGUUCCCUGUAUGGCACAAGGAAGGCCGUGCAUUGGUCUUGGACUGGUUCCUCAUAUUAAACAACUCCCCAGUGAGUAUGGAGCUACCAUGGGCACACUGUGUGGCUGCUGUCACAGUCCGCACAGACUGUGCCCUGGUGAUGGGAUUACUCUGGGGCCGUGGUUCGAACAGAUCCACGUUUUUGUGGAUCCACUGGUUUUGAGAUCCAGUAAGGAAUUUCCUUAGGAUCCAAAAGCCACAGUCAUUUGUGUUUUGACUUUCUUUUGGGGAAGAGCAAGAAACCUACCAAGCAGAAAUUGCACUAGACUUUCAGGAUAGAGCAGAAGAGCAUUUGUUCUUUUGAUCUAAGUGUGACACUUGUUUGCAAUUACACGUUCUGAAAGCUUGGGAAGUAAUCCUUGUAUUAGCUGACUUUACCACCUGAUCACUUCAAUGUAAUAAUUGCAGAAUAUAUUGCUAAUAGUUUUCUGCCAAAAUUGACUUUAUAACAUGUUGAUAGCAUCAAUAAUUUUUGUUUGUCUUGCCAUCAGACACUUGUGGUAGACAAAUAGGUCGCAAGUUAAAUUGCGUGUACUGGUUGGCUAGGAGAUAGGCCGCCUGUGCAUAUUUCUGCAUUACAUCAGUGCAUUUACAAAGAAUUCAUCACAAUUAGACUUGAGGAAACACCGUUGAAAAUAUGGAUAUACAAUGAGCAAAACAGGCUUGUUGCAGUCGCGCAGGUUCCUUUGAUGUGAUGAUAAUGUCGGUAUCUUAGCAAUGCCGUCGUUCAUCUGCUGUGAUGUGCAGCUAGCAUAAGGUGAAAUGCAAAACGCAUGCAUGUGUAGAAGGAGAUAUACGUCAGACUGUAUGAAAUGUGUAUCUCGGUUAUCUGAAAGACUUGUAUGAUCCUGUAUAGAUAAACUCUUGAACCUACAAGUAGGGCCAGGAAUUGGAAAGCUUUUUCAGGUGCCUGUUCCUCAAGUAUAAUGAAGUAAGUCAAAGAAUCAUGCCAUUCUUUGUUGAUUAGUUUAGCCACUGUGCCAGGAUCUAGUGUAUUUUGAUAGUAAGAAAGACACUAUUAGUAUGUUUACAACGGCUGCCUUGUUCUUCCCUGUUUUUGUCAUGAUAAACUUUGUCAGCUCCAAUGGGGCAAAUUUAUAGCCCUUGUGAAAGCUUACAAGUCCGCUGAUUUGUGCUAGGCUCUAAAACUCUUGGUUCCUUCAUUGGAAAUGGGAACUGUAGUUUUUUCUAAAACUGAUGGUAUCCUUGAACACCUCGUAAGUCAGCUGAAAGCUCUAGUUGACCCUGCAAGGAAAGGAAUUGGAUCAGGGCUGUUAUAAAAUGUUUCCACUCAUUUUUAAAACGCUUAGAAACAUUCUUUUGACAGAUAACUUUGCUCUCCUUUCUAAUACCGGUGUCUGUAAUUUUAUGAGUUCAAGCAUGUUAAUAAUGUCGAGUGAAAUAGAUAUCUCUUCCUUGGGUCCGCCGAGGCUCUAGGAGUAACACAAGCCAUGCCUGGCGAGAAGCGGUUUUGCUGUGCAAGCCUGGCCUUUACAUAUAUUUCAGGUUUAGAGUUUUAAAGGCAGCAGAGCAGUACCCAAAGCGCUACUCAACACCAAGAAUUAGCACCAAAUAAAAAAGCUAAAGGGCUGGUUGGAUAUUGCCGUAUGACAUGCCAUUACGUGGGAAGUAACAUGAAAUAGCUGUUCCGCGCUGCCUCUCUCGCUGUGCACUAAGUGCCUUAUUAGUCUGCUUGGCCAGAGGAUUGAGCUAAACCGCCAGAGUCCCACCUGGUACACAAUAAGAGCGUGUAUCGAUGGAGCUACUGUAAAAAUUAAAGUUAUGCUUUAAAAUCUCACAGUUAAUUCUGAAAUACAUCCCCAAGAAAUGGGCCCUUAAAGAAAAGAAAAAAAAUCUUAGUGGGGCCCUGAAAAGCUUGAAUUAAUAAAUUUAGACCUUUUUUCCUGCUUUAGCGUACUUUCUCUCAGCUCGCUUCCAAAUCCAGCUCUAAUACUGAGGUUUCUCUAGUUAGAUCUGGAUUAAAAUAAACAGCCAUAGACUACCACAUGUGACCAUUUAAUAGCUGCAAAGAGAACAAAUUCUAUUAAGACAUGAUGUAUGAAGCUUUGUACCUAAAGCAACAAUCCUAACAUUUCUACUUGUAAUGCUUAGGCAAUUGCUUUCCAGGAUAGAAUUAAUUGGUCCCACGUCUACAUCCACCGCAGGUACAAGAAUGAGUGAUCGUGGCAAUAGAAGUUUUGGGCGUUGGGGUUUUUUUGCUACCACGGAGUGAAUUUGCGGUGGUGUUUUGUAUCUACAGCACUGAUUUUGUAACAUGCAGUUUUUAUCGCUGGCGUGCAGCCUAUCUACAAGCUUAUGAAUUUUACAGGUAGAUCGGUGCGCUUGUAUUUUGAAAUCUUUAUAUAAAUUGUUUCGUUAACUCUUCCAAAUAUAUAUAUCAAUAAAUAUACAUACAUUAGGAAUAUAUAUAUAUUAACAAAUAUAUAUGUAUUUUCAUUUCUACUUUAGUGACACAGGUUCCUAUUUGAGAACCUGAUUCCUUAUGCAAGCAAAAUAACCAUUGAUUUUGCUCAGAGAUUAGCAUGUGCAAUGGACUGCAGGCUCACGAGCUGUUGCCCAGAGCGUUUUUUCCUUUUGGACGUAAGACUGUGAGCUUUCUGUUGCGCAAGUGUAAUGCAAAAACCCCCGUUUGCAAAGGUCCUCCAUCUAUUUUGGAUUAGCCAAUAUAGUAUGUAUAUUGAAUUGGUAAAUACAGCUCUCCAUUGCUCCUCAACCAUGGCUUUUAAACCCAGUCAAGCGAAGCAUAAUUAAAAUAAUCCGUUAAAACCUGCAUGUAGCAGGAUGUGUGCUUUCUAUUUUAUAAUAU